UCUCUCUCUCUGCCUGUCUCUCUCUCUCUCUCUCUCUCUCUCUCUCUCUCUCUCUGUUGAUGGAGAUGGGGGAACAGUACGGACUGCAGGAUCUCCGGCAGCUUAUGGCGACAAGGACCCAGUUCCAGGCGAUGCCACACGUUGGAGAGGCGUUCUCCGGACACCGGAAUCUGACUUCCGGGCAGCAUUACGAGAUGGUGAUGUUGGGUGGGGGCGGAGAGAUGUUGCCUCCACCUCAGAGGGUGGAAUUUCGGUCAGACUCAUCUUCUGUGAGUGGAUUUGAAGAGGGGGGAGUAUGUGUGGUUGGAGAUGGAGGGAAUGGAAGAUGGCCCAGGCAAGAGACACUUACACUCCUUGAGGUCAGAUCUCGCUUGGAUUCCAAGUUCAGGGAAGCUAACCACAAGGGACCCUUGUGGGAUGAGGUCUCUAGGAUAAUGGCAGAGGAACAUGGGUACCAAAGGAGUGGAAAGAAAUGCAGAGAGAAGCUAGAAAACUUGUACAAGUACUACAAAAAGACCAAAGAAGGGAAGGUAGGAAGACAAGAUGGCAAGCACUACAGGUUUUUCAGGCAGCUAGAAGCGCUCUAUGGAGAAAACACCAACGUCAAUGUAGAAAACAACCCGUCUCUCCAAAUCACAAACCCUUUAAAUUCCAAACCAAAUCAAGAAGUAUUGCAAUCUCAAAAGCUCUGUGAGAGCCUCAGCUUCUCAAACUCCUCUGAAUUCGACACGUCAUCUUCUGAAGAGAACAAUAACGGUGAGGAUGAUCUUAUCUCAAUAUGCAAGAAGAGAGAGGGGAAGAGCCUUAAACGGGGCCGGAAGGGAUGGAAGUCAAAGAUAAAAGAAUUCAUUGACGGGCAGAUGAAGAAGCUUAUAGAGGUGCAAGAGGCCUGGUUGGAGAAGAUGCUAAAAACCCUAGAACAUAAAGAACAAGAGAGGAUGUCUAGGGAAGAAGCAUGGAGGAAGCAAGAAUCCGCUAGGUUUGAUCGAGAACAUGAGUUUUGGGCCAAUGAACGGGCCUGGAUUGAAGCACGGGAUGCCACAUUGAUGGCAGCAUUGCAAAAGAUCAGCGGGCGGCAGUUGAAGGUUCCAUCACCCGACAACUUGACAGACAUGGAGAUUCAUGAGGAUAUCGAGAAUGGAAAUGGAAAUGUGAAUGGAAAUGAGAAUGAAAUGCUUGAGAAUAUGAUAAAUAGGACAUGGCCCGAAUCGGCGAUUUCAACCCUAAUAAAGCUGAGAAGUGGAAUGGAGUCGAGGUUUGCUGAAUGCGGGCCAUCCAAAAGGGCCUUAUGGGAAGAGAUAUCAGAGAAAAUGGGCUGUUUGGGCUAUGAACGGAGUGCAAAGAUGUGCAAAGAGAAAUGGGAGAGCAUCAACAAGUACUUCCUGAGAGAGAGAGAGCGCAACAAAAAACGCAAAGAGAAUUCAAGAACCUGCCCUUACUUCCACCAUCUUGAUUCUCCAUAUAGCCAUGGAGCAAUUUGCACCCAUGGCAAUGAUGAUCAAGUGCAUGAGACGGUGGGCCAUGGGCCUCACGACGGCCCGUCACCUUCGAAUUCUAAUAUGGGUGUGCCUGGGAAUGAUAGCUGCUUGCGAUUUCUGAUGGAUGGAGGGGAUAGCUUGUGGGAAAGUUACUGUGCGAAGAUCAACAAAGGGGAAGAGCAGUAAGUGAUUGAAAGAAGGAAUGACAGUUUGAGACAGUUAAAAUUUCAGGUGAGGAGAUGAGCUUUAAUUGAAAUGUAUUCUCUUGAGA